CCUGCCCGGCGGCCACCAUGCGCUGCUCUCUCCGCCGCUGUGUCUGGACUGGGAUGGCUUCCGCCCUCCUGGUCUUCUUCCUCAGAAUAUUCACCGAGGAGACCGAGAACCCCUUGCUGGAGGAGAAGAGGCAUUUGGCUUGGCUACUGAUGCAGCGACAACUCAACGCCAGUGGCCACCUGACUGCCUUCCAAGAACUCUCUAACGACUCCGGCCUCCUCAACGUGUCUUUCCACUACCUGGCUGGAGCCCCGCCACCUGUCAAAAAGUUGCUGACCGUGGGGCUUUCGUCAGUGCGCCGCCCCCGAGGCAGUUAUCUGCUGGACACCCUGGACUCCGUGUUCCGACGCUCCUCCGCAGCCGAGCUGAGGGACAUGCUGGUCGUGGUGCACCUGGCCGAUCCCGACCCCCGCUGGAUCCGCCGGACGGUCAACGCCUUGGCCGGUCGCUUUGCCUCCCAGCUGCUGGCGGGGCAGCUUCUGGUCGUCCACGCCCCGCCCGCCGCCUACCCGCCGCUGCGGGGCCUGAAGCGGAACUUCGGCGACGCUCCGGACCGGGUGACCUUCCGCUCCAAGCAGAACGUGGACUACGCCUUCCUCGUGAGUUGCGCCGCCAACCUCUCCCACUACUUCCUCAUGAUCGAGGACGACGUCCACUGCGCCCGGCACUUCCUCACCUCCGUCCGCCGGGCCAUCGAGGCACACCGGGACACCCCCUGGGUCACCCUGGAGUUCUCCAAGCUGGGCUACAUCGGCAAGCUCUACCGCUCCGGCGACCUGCCUCGCCUCGCCCGCUUCCUCCUCCUCUUCUACCAGGAGAUGCCCUGCGACUGGCUCCUCAACCACUUCCGCCUGCUGUUGGCCCAGAAGGAUCCCAUCCGCCUCAGCCCCUCCCUCUUCCAGCACAUGGGCACCUACUCCUCGUUCCGGGGCACCUUCAACAAGUUAAAAGACGACGAGUUCCACGACGGCGGCCGGGGCGCCGGCAACCCCCUCGCAACCUUCUCCACGGACAUGACCGUCUACAAGGGCUUCACCCCCGAGCAGGCCUACGCCCCGGGGGACGGCUUCUUCUGGGCCCACCCCGUGCUGGCCGGCAGCCACCUGACCGUGGUGUUCUUGCAGUCGGCCCACGUGCGCCAGCUGCGGGUGGUGACGGGCACCGCCCAAGAGAAGAAGGACUGGCUGAGGGCGGGCCGGGUGGAGCUGGGCCACCGGCUCGAUGGGGAGGGCCGAGACUGCUCCGAUUACCAGCCGCUGGGGCCGCUGCUGGACGGCCAGCUGACCUGGGAGGAGCCGGCCGGCGGAGGGGGACGGGAGGUGAGGUGCGUGAGGCUGGUGGCUCUGCAGGAGCAGCAGGAUUGGCUCAUCGUGAGGCACUUCGACGUGUGGACCGAGGACGACGACCGGUGAGGCUCCCAGCGCAAGGGGCCGGGAGGCGGCACACCCAUUCCCGGGCCCUAAACACUGGGAGGUAAAAUCUCGGAACGGUUCGAGGAGGAAAGGGAGUUCAGACGACCCUGAACACCCUGGGACCUCGGAGGGACCUCAAGGAAGCACCAGGAGAGGUUCCGACACUCGGUUUCUCGGCCCGGGCUCUGUGACCUAGGCAGCCCGUCCCAGGCUCUGAGCCCCGAAGACCCGCUACGGCCUCGGGAGUUUGCAGGUCACGAGCUCCCCGGCUUCUGUCAGUUGCAACAUCCCGCUCGGCUUCGGAGGAGGCCGCCGGGCUCCUGUUUCUACCGUGGCCCUGGGGCCUUGGGAGGAGAGGACUGUGUUCAUUCACAGCCACGGGGAAGCCAGGCUUCGUCAGGAACAAGCAGGGAAAAUGAGUCACUCGAGGUCAGGCCCCACCUUGGACCUGUCAGUGACGGGACGGAUUCCCCAAAAGGAACAGCACCCUUAUGGACAGUCAGCCAGUCGGUGGGUCAAUAGAUCGUAUUUAUUGAGUGUUUA